CAGACAUCAAGGAUAAUAUAAUUACUGCUAUAUUGUCUCUUGGAUAAUAACUAUAAAUAGUUAUAGAAUUAUGUAUAGGCAAUCUUAUCAACGUGGUGUGUUUUCUAUUUUUUAUAGCGUGGGCUCUAAGCCUCUAGCACUUUGGGAUACAGUCACUCGAGACGGGUACAUAACCAAAUUUUUGGACGAAGAUAUAAAGUCUACCGUUCUAGAGAUAGGAGGCACUAAUGUAAGUACAACGUACAUGAUAUGUCCUAAAGGCAACGCCGUACUUGGAAUAUGCAUGCCGUUCUUAGUAAUGAUAGUUAAAAACUUGAGAAAAUAUUUUUCUUUCGAAGUAACUAUAUUAGACGAAACUGGAACAAGAAGGAGAUUUCGCGUUUCUAACUUCCAAAGUCAAACUCAAAUAUUACCAUUGUGCACUGUGAUGCCUAUUGGCCUUAGCGAGGGUUGGAACCAGAUCCAAUUCAAUCUAGCAGAGUUCACAAGACGAGCGUAUAAGAAACAGUUCAUAGAAGUACAAAAGGUGAAAAUCAAUGCUAACAUUCGCCUAAGAAGAAUAUAUUUUGCGGAGCGACUCAUUCCAGAAGAUCAACUACCAGCAGAAUAUAAACUAUUUUUCCCUUUGAAAUCUUUACCAGGAAGUUUUAAACAAAAAGGAAAAGGAAAAGAUAAAGUAGACGAAAAAGAUAUUAAAAUAGAUGAGGUUAAAGAGGACGAUAAAGAGAAGAGUGCUGCCAUUGAUACUGUAGGUACAGGAGCAGGUGAAGCUGAAGGUCCAGUUGCAGCUGCAGUUGCAAGUGCAGGUGCAGGUAUAGGUGAAGGGGAAAAAGGUGAGACAGCUGAAAUAGAAGGAGAGUUGUCAAAGAAAUCGGGAUCGGCUUCCAAAGUAAGAGUCUCAAUACAAGUUAUCAAAACAGCGUCACAAGCACCACCAUAUGAGGAUAGAAGUUCUCAAAUGUUCCACGUACACGAAGAUCCACUUGAUCGGGUCGAGGCAUCAACAAUGGUGCCUGGAUUGUCUGAACAGUUACCGCAGGUUGGAAAAGAGGAUUCGGAACAUAACUUAGCACCAAUUGCCUUAUCAACCGUCGCAUCUACUAAAGGAUCAACAGAAGAUGAUGCCAAGAUUAUGGAAACGAUUCUGCCUGAAGCAGCUGAGGAUCAAGCAAUAGUAGCACAGACUGAAGGUGUACAAAGCGGAGUCACUGUUCUCACUGAGAUCACUGAGGUCAAUGAACAGGUAGAAAAUGAACUAGUAGAAUAUACUGAAGUUAAUGAACCAGUUCAAUAUACUGAUGUUAGCGAGCCAGUAGAAAAUACUGAUGUUAGCGAGCCAGUAGAAAAUACUGAAGUAAGUGAACCAGUAGAAAAUACUGAAGUAAGUGAACCAGUAGAAAAUACUGAGGUCAGUGAACCAGUAGAAUAUACUGAAGAACAACCUGUUGUAGAACAACUGAAUUAGGUUUUCAAUUGUUUGUCUGUUUUAUUAGUACUAAUACUUAUUCCAUAUGAUAUACAUUGAAAUGUAUACUAUAGUUGUUUAAUGAAUAGAAUAUGUUCUAUUUUAUGUUAGAUUUAAAGUUAUGCAGAGAUGUAAG